CUGGCAACACUGUAAUACUUUGCAAAUAUGGCGUAGGAUUCUACAAAAUGCAGUGGGAGAUAAUUUGAUAUACUUGUCAAUUCUGAAAUUUAUAAAAAGACAUGUAUUUAGAAUAGGACUUUUUUGAAUUAUUAAAAGUGGGAAAGCAAAGUUCAAAGUGAAAUGUGAAUUUUACGCAAUGGCACAAGAUUUUACUAACUAAAAAGUGCUGGUUGUGCAACAAACUUUAUAUAAUUUUAACGUCCUGUACACAAUAGAAGAAGUUAAACAUGGGGAAACAAAACAGCAAACUAAAACCAGAAGUGUUAGAGGAUCUCAAGCAAAACACAGAGUUUUCAGACGCUGAGAUACAAGAAUGGUACAAAGGUUUUUUAAAAGAUUGCCCCAGUGGCCAUUUGUCCGUAGAAGAAUUUAAGAAAAUAUACGGAAAUUUCUUCCCGUAUGGGGAUGCAAGUAAAUUCGCAGAGCACGUGUUUCGAACGUUCGACGCGAACGGCGACGGCACUAUCGACUUCCGGGAGUUCUUGUGCGCCCUGAGCGUGACCUCGCGCGGCAAGCUCGAGCAGAAGCUCAAGUGGGCGUUCUCCAUGUAUGACCUCGACGGCAAUGGCUACAUCUCGAGGCAGGAGAUGCUCGAAAUUGUCACUGCUAUAUACAAGAUGGUGGGGUCCGUGAUGAAGAUGCCGGAGGACGAGUCCACGCCGGAGAAGCGCACCGACAAAAUAUUCCGGCAGAUGGACCGCAACAAGGAUGGCAAGCUGUCGCUCGAGGAGUUCAUCGAGGGCGCCAAGAGCGACCCCUCCAUCGUGCGGCUGCUCCAGUGCGACCCGCAGUCUCAGUGAUACCUCCAAUACUAACCCCGCCGACCCGUUCGGUGUACCCACACAAUUAUAACAUGAACUAUUGUAAAAUAUCACCUAUCUUACCACGCUUGUAAGAGCUAGUGCGCCGCGUCGACAGUUGUAGCGCGUAAAAGGAUCUUUUUAACUUAUUGUCUUGUUGCUUGGUUGUUUACCUUCGGAACUGAUUAUGGACAGUCGGUUUGUGUGCUCCGUAUUCGUGCUACUAUUAUAGUUAAAAUAUUCCGCAAUAAUUAUUAUAAUGUAUGAACGUUAUUUAAACUCAUUUUAUCUAUACAAAUGGUAAUGUAUGUCAAUUUAUAAAUAACCAAACAGCAGGACAAAUAUUGUGUUACUGUAAUAGUGUAUAGCGUUUCUCCCAAUGAUACUGUUAGGUUAAAGAUUUUCCAAACUAAGAGUUCUUUGGAUCGACAGUUUCACAUUAUUAAGCAGGUUUCCACCUGCGCACUUAACGUUUCUCCUAUAUUUCAAGUCACCAAAUUAAAUUUGUUGAUGUUUCACCAAUAUUUAUCAUGUGUGUAUUGUAAUGUUCUACAAGUAUUUUUCUCCUAAACUUAAUGUCAGUUGGUAAUGGUGUCUAUAACUGCUACCGUGCUAUGGUGUAGUCUAGUCACCGCAGGGUAUCUCGGCACGGUAUCGGUGUGCGAAUCUUAUCAAUUCUAUAUUUCCGAGAUGCUCUACUUUGAUGUAUUUUUUCCCCAAAUUUCAUGUGUUUUAGUAAGUUACUAACACCGACUACGUAAUUUUCUCAGUAAUAAAUAUACUCACAGAUAGCCAUUACAAAAAGUGACAUUGUAAUCUUAAAUUGUUAACUUUCACAUGGCUAUUUAUGACAGUUUAAUAGAAUAAUUGAAUUACUUGCAGGAAACAAAUCUCAUGAUAUUUCUGUACUUUCGUGUACUUUUCAUCUGCUGCAAUCGGAUUGUAAACUUUUCGGGCCUGAUUGGUCCGCCAUCUAGUAUCUGGAGGCAAGUACGUACGAAGUUGUUGCAUCAGUUGAAGCGACACUGUUGUACUUGUUGAACCGGGAGCAGGCAGCGGGCCGCUCACACAGAUGGCGCCACCGUCGUGUGACUGUUCUCGACUGGGACGUCGGCCCUAGUGCGCCGUGCCGACCACAGAGGGCAGCACAUGCCGGGGCACCUCGCUCUGUCUUUCCACUGCUAGCUUCUAUACCAGCGCCCUCUCUCACCUGCAUUUAUACUCAUAGCCUCAUAGCUACUAUUUCAAACUAAAAACUCAACUCUGAGAUUAAAUGGUUGUUCAACCUUCAUUUGUAGUUAGUAUACUAACGGGCAAUCUAUGAUGAACAUACUCACGAAGAAACUGUUUAAAGAACUUCAAGAACUGUCCUACAGUCUAAACCAGGAAAGCAAACGCUAGCACUGAAAAGACGGCAAUUAAUUGCACAACAUUAAGACAAUGUACGCAACAAACGAUACAGACAAAUAUGAUAAUAUACAAUUAUUAUUAAUUUAUUUAUUUAUAAUUAAUUAUAUAUUUAUGCUGAUCGUUUCGCUUAGCUGAUAUAAUUAAGAUUUAGUUUAAAAAAUAUAUGAAAAUUAAAAAAUAUAACUUAAUUAUAGUCUUGAGUCAGCCUAAGUAUUAUUAUUGGAUUAUUUUGUUAUAAAAUGAUCUGUAAAGAUUUUUCAUGUAGUUAGGUAAAACUCUUGAUAGUAGUCGGAAGUUGAUGAUCUUGAAGUCUGCGAUGUACAAAGUAUGAUUUAAAUCAGAGAUCAGCGUUGGGUUAGCCGUGCGCGGACCACUUGCAGUAUGCACGGCGGCGGUGGGCGGGCGGACACCCGCGCCGCCGCCGCCGCGGCUCGCAUCUCCACACAGCGCCAACCAUGUCAUCGGAAUGUCGAAUGAGUAUAAAGGAAUUGUAUAUUUAGAUAAGAGACAAUAUUAAUAUUUGUAAUGAUACUGAAAUUGUACCUGCCGUCGGCUCCACCCGCGUGGCAUCCGCGCAGCGACGAGCCUCUCGCUACUUUAGUUACUCUUUGACUGAACUAAUAAUGACUUAGUUGUUUUACGCGGUGUUCAUACAUUGUUUGGUAGUUAUCGAUUGACUCAUAUAUUCACCGGAUAAGAUAUUUAGACGAGUUUUCGAACGAUCGAUAUGUGAAAUGUUAACUUGGGUUUAAUGCCUUCCCUUGAAGACGCAAUCGGGUCUCAUAUUGGAUAACUUCAAUAAUACCUUAUUGUAUUGUGAAUUUUACAAUGUAAUUAGAUCUGUGUUUCCCAUCACAAUAUGAAUAGUGUGAUUUUAGACUUAACAUUUACAAUGUAACUUUAUUUUUUGUACAUAGGUUGGCUUUAUGCAAGAUAAUUGUGUAAAACGGGGUUGCAACCAGAUACGGACGUUUAAGUCGCGGGCUGCGCAUUGGCGUAGCUAGGGAUCGAGUCUUGAGGGUAGCCAUCCAGCUGAAAUAGCCACAGAUGAAAGAGAAAAUAAUUCCUUAAUACUCUAGAUUAGUGCGGGCAAAGAAGUUUCCGCGGUGGGCGAAGACUACUUGUGCAACCCGCCCAGCUACGCCUAUGGUACUGUUUCUCCGCCUGCUGUCCGGUAGUCGGCAGCCAGGCACCAACAGGUUUCCAUUUGCUAACAAACCUCGUAAUAUGCAAUUCAUUGUAUUUCACUUAGCUUGUUUAUAUUUUUUAAUUUCGUUUGUAACACUCAUACCUUUUUCUGGUGACUUUAAAUUUAUUUACAUUGCUUUAUAUUGAUGUUUUAUGAAUGUAUAUCUCAUUUUAUUAUAAUUUUGACUUAUUUUA